AAUAAUUUCCCAAGCUUUAUGACAUCUCAUUCUGACGGUAUAUGCUGGCCAUCCAAAUUUAUUUCUCUGCACAUCUCACGCCAUCAUUUAACCACCCGAAUUUGCAAACCUCAUCUUCUAUUCCUGUACACCCCCAUACAUUCCAAUUUCAACAAGCCCUUCAAAUUCCUGCCAUCACUAUGGCUUCAACCUCCAGGCCACAGAAAAAGCUUAGCGAGUUUCUAAACGAGGAACAGCAACCUUUUGUCCUAGAGCUUUACCUUCUAGAAAGAGGUUGUUCCAGAAAAUGGAACUUAACUCAAGAUCAAGGAGGCAACGGCUUCGACAUUGGAGACUCAGGCAAGAGUCUGGAGAGGUCAGCAAGUUGUGUGUUAAACAAGAAGAGAAAGGCUCUGCUUUCAUUUUCUGAAGUUCUAACAUCUGUAUACAAGAAGCUUGCUGCCCAUAGCGAAACCCCUAUAACCAGAGACUCUGACAAUAGAGAUGAAGAUGCGGUCAGUGUUCCUCAGACAGAAAGGGCUAUUCAGAAGGUUGUGGAAACAGACAGAUUUUCAUCCGCUAGUAGCUCCACCCUGUUCAAUUCAUGCUCAGAGACGGGAGAAAUUGAAGAGCAGACUUGGAUAUCAUCACAUAAAGAUCAGCCUUCUUUUAUUUCAGACACUUGCAGUGCUUCAAAUGCAUGCAAUAUUGCGGUGAAGAGCCAGCAGGCUACUAGUAAUGAAAAGCACCGCUGGAGAUACAUAGAACAAAGCCCUGCUUUACUGGACAGGAUACAAUCACGUAAAGUCCAAGUAUCCCAAAAUAUUUGUUUGGCAGAUGAGAGAGUGAAGGAGGAUGUUGGGAGAAGGGAACAGAGAAUAUUGAAUUGCGGAGAAGUUGUUAUGCCCAAGAAAAUCACAGAAGACUCGCUAUUAUCAGCUGCUUUCUGGGGACUGCUGAUUCAGUCAGCUGAGAGAGAUGGACAUAGCAUUAGCAAGGACUUCAGAGAGAUUCUUGGGACAAAUGUUUCUCAAGUGUUGAAAUCUAAAAGAGCAUUGCACAAGACAAAGCAACUCCUAUUUGAUUGUGUGAGAGAGAUUGCAGCAAGCUUCCCAAGAACAGGCGAGGGACAGACAGGUUUCAAACAAUUAUUGGGGGCGGAGGAGUUGGGUAACCUCAUUUGUCAGAAAACGAGAGAGUGGGGUCAACAGGCUGGAGAUCGGAAAAACCUCACAAACUUGUUGACUUCGGAUCACUUGAAAUCAAUCAAUGAAUGGAGUGAUUUGGAGCCACAUAUGAAGGAUAUUAGCUUUGAGGUUGCCGAUGCAAUUUUGGAUUGCAUCAACAACGAAAUUGUAUCAGAAAUGGUUGAUAUCUUCCCACCAUCUAUAUAACGACUCAUUUAAGUCGUGAA